UAUAUUAAGAAUAAAUUAAAUCUUCCUACCUCACAACCUUAUUAUUUAUACAAUCAUCUUUGCAAUCCAACAAAUUAGAUAUCAUAAAAUGCGAGUUUCUAAGAUUUAUUUGAUUGCCUUCUUGGCUUUCUUUCAUCUUUCUCUUGUUUGCGGUGAUCUCCAAACAAGUUAUGAAAUCAAAAGACAAGUACCCACGGGUCCAAAUCUAGCUCAACCACCUUAUCCAUUUCUUAGCAUGGACAAAUCUUAUGAUUACUACAUCGUUAGAGAAAUCAAAAGAAAAGUACCUACUGGUCCAAAUCCAGCUCAAUCACCAGAUCCACCUCCUAGCAUGAAAAAAUCUUAUGAUUACAACUUCGUUAUAGGAAUCAAAAGAGAAGUACCUCCUGGUCCAAAUCCAUCGCAAUCACCUGAUCCAUCUUCUAGUGUGGAAAAAUCUUAUGAUUACAACUUUAUUAGAGAAAUCAAAAGAGAAGUAUAUACUGGUCCAAAUCCAUCUCAAUCACCUGAUCCAGUUCUUAACAUGGACAAAUCUUAUGAUUACAACUUCGUCGGAGGAAUCAAAAGAGAAGUACCUACAGGUCCAAAUCCAACUCAAUCACCUGGUCCACCUUCUAGCAUGGGAAAAUCUUAUCAUUACAAUUCCAUUCGAGAAAUCAAAAGAAAAGUUCCUAUCGGUCCAAAUCCAGCUCAAUCACCUGAUCCACCUUCUAGCAUGGACAAAUCUUAUCAUUACAAUUCCAUUCGAGAAAUCAAAAGAGAAGUUCCUACCGGUCCAAAUCCAGCUCAAUCGCCUGAUCCUAUUCCUAGUUUAGCAAAAUCUUACAAGUCUUCUCCUAAAAAGAAAUCUUAGUUUAUAUGCUUAUAUUUCAAGAUUUUCUUUAAAAAAUAAAUACCUUAAGGUUCGCCUAUGUAUUUUAUCUAGGAUAUACUUAUAUUAUCAUGUAAAACCAUUCAAUAAUUAUUACAUUUAUAAUAUGAUAUUGAACGAAA